CCAUUGAUCCGGCCCCAGGGCCACCACUUGCUGUCGUCUGCGUCCUGUCCUUACUUCUCUGUCGGUUGUGGCAAUAGCCUCGACCGAAUUGAACGAUAUUUUGCUGCGAUUGCGACAACGAUGAGAUGGGUGUCCUUCCUCGGAUUGUUUCCCGCAUCUUUCUUUUACGAGAGAGAAGCAGGCAUGUCCCGACGACUGGAUCUGUUCUUUCGAUGAAAUAAACUGGUGGAUAUAAGAAGCCAGGAGCUGAUAAAAGUCAGCAAACACAGACCGUGCUGAGCAGAAGGAGGUCGGUCUUUGCUGGCUGGGUGUCUUCAAGAAAAACCUCGUAAGCCGAUCAGCACUGUUUGAAGUCCGAAAGGCGAGUUGAUUAAAUCCUAAAAAGUGAUUUGAAGAAUCAAGACAGUGUGUUCGAGGCGUGGUCGAGUGGUCACAAGAGGGUUUUUCUUGUGGCUCUGGGUGUAUUUUUGGCCUCGUGGGCCAGGGACAAGCCAUUACCGGACAUCAUCGGUAUCAACAUGGACCACCAAGAGUCGUUGGACCUGUCGGAGCCCUCGCCAGCCAUCAUGGAGCAGUUUAUGGUGAGCAAGGCCAGGGAGCUGUUCCAGCUUUGCGACACGGAGGAGAAGGGCUUCAUCACCAAGCGUGACAUGCAGCGGCUGAAAAACGACCUGCCCGUGUCACCCGAGCAGCUGGAGAUUGUCUUUGACUCUCUGGACGUGGACAAAAACGGCUACCUCACCCUGGAGGAGUUUAUAGAAGGAUUCGGCAGCUUCGUUGGGGUCAAGCAGAGAAUAUCGUCGAGGGAGGAAAACGACGAAGAAGACAGUGAAGUCACAGACCUCUUCGAGGGCAAGGCCGGCGACCAAGAGGACGAGGGCAAACUCUUCGACCACCUGCUGAUUCAGAUCGACGCCAGAGGAGUUUUCCAGGAUGAAGAGGUCAUACGAGCCAUGUGGAAGAAGCUCCACAGAGACGACCCAGACCUCGUCGGGGCAUUCGAGGACUUUCUGGGUCGCACAGCCGGUGAAAUCAAGAGGUCGCGAGGAGAGUUUGACACUUUGGAGGCCGCCCUGAAGAGUAAGACAAAUGAACAUGAGGAGGAGGUGAAGAAGUUGUAUGAGGAGAUGGAGUUUCAGAUGAAACGAGAACAACAGCGCAUCAUGACAGAGGAAAAGCUGAAAGAAAAACGUCUGAGAGAAGAGAUGGAUAGUGUUGUGAAAGAGAAGGAAAGGCAGCUUCAGGAAAUGCAGGCUCGUCAUAAAGAGAUGGAAGAAAAACUAGCAAAACUGAACCUAUCAGAGGCAGAAACAAAGCAAGAUAAUCAACGCCUAGCACGGGAAAAGGAAAUGCUAGAGGAGAUGCUGUUGAAGUCCCAAGAGAAUCUGGAGGAAUCACGUUCUUAUAUCAACAUCUUACAGGCUAAGCAGAAGGAUGAACAAAAGGCCCGAGCCAGGUCUGUCCAUGACAUGGCAGCUAGACACACUAAAAGAAUCUUUCAUCACUCACACUGGCCAACCAGAGAACAUGCAGCGUACAGUGGAACUAAGUGGGCUGCUCUUCAGUUAUCAGAGGGCAUUGCGAUGGAGCGCGAAAGUCUUGUGAAGCAGCUUGGUAUGCUAAAGGAUGUAAACAAACGUCUUCUGGAUGAUAAAGAUGAAGCUGAAGCUGUUGAAGCAAGGCGGGACGGCCAGAUCUGUGAGCCAGAGGAAAGUGAGGCUUUGGCCCAGGACACAGAGAAACCCAAGAAACGUGAACUUAUCAAGCAGGGAUCGCUCUUGUCAAAGUACUUCCCUGGAGGGCCUCCAUCAGGGUCGUCCAAAGCAGAACCAGAGAUUUUAGAAGUAAGCAUGGAUGAAAUUGAAGAUGAUGGCAUUGAAAUGGAUGACAUAACAGGGGCACAGAUCUUCUCUUUUCAUGAAGCACCUUCCACAGGAUCAUUUCCCAAAGUAUCAGCAGGCCAAAACAGAGACACUAUCGAUGGACCUGGCAGGUUUCAGACUAUCAGUUUAGGCAGUGAGGCUGGUUGUGCAGGUCACAGAACCAAAGCUCCACUGAUCCAGUCACAUGCAUUUGACAGAGCAUCACAGGAAGACAGAUACACUAGUGACGCAGAAAGUGAUGCAGUGGUCAAGAAAAAUGGUGACUUGCAUUUUCAUACAAGUAAAAAGGCAAUGGAGUGGUCAGUCCACCAAAGCAGAGAGCAGCCAAUGGACCAAGAUUCAGAAGUAAAACCUCACCGAAUAUUCAAGAUUGUAUUUGUGGGCGACUCAGGCGUUGGAAAGACUAGCUUUAUUCAUCGCUUCUGCAAUGACCAGUUCCGUCCAAACUUCAGUGCUACUAUUGGUAUAGAUUUUCAGGUCAAGCCACUUUUGGUUGGAGAUAGUUUGGCAGUACUUCAGUUAUGGGAUACUGCUGGCCAAGAGAGGUUCCGCAGUGUUGCUAGGCAGUAUUUCCGUAAAGCAGAUGGAGUGAUUGUCAUGUAUGAUGUGACUUCAGAACAGUCUUACACUAAUGUGCGCAGCUGGAUGGAAAGUGUUAAGGAUGGAGUAGAGAAAGGAACAGUCAUCACUGUUGUUGGCAACAAGAUGGAUCUUGCGGAGGGUGACAGAGAUCGCGUGAUCAAAGUGAAAGAUGGCUCAAAAAUGGCUGUGCAGUAUGAUGCUCUCUUUUAUGAAACAAGUGCCAAGACUGGAAGUUAUGUCUUAGAGACAAUGCUAGGGAUGGCCAGCCUACUGAAAGACAAAGAGGACAAGGCAUUGGAGGCAGCUCUUCAUCUCAGUAGUGAAGUAAAGAAAGGUCGAUGCUGCAGCUGAAAAAGAGAAGACUUCCCAACAUGCUUGCUGGUGACAAGUAGACUGUUAUGUGUCCAGCCAUGCGAGUUGUGAUUAUCACCAUCAGUUCUGCAUUGUCUUACUUCUUUGGUGAUCACCAGCUUUGAUAUACUCCACAGUUUAAAAAUAAAUGUGACACUUCCAUGUUGCCAUAGCCACACCUCUGAUAUCUGGGAAGAGUCCAGUUGAUCAUGUCUUGGAUAUCGCACUGCUGUAGAAAAAAACCUAGCUGCUGUGUUUCUGUGAACUGGGUCCUACACAUUUUGAUGCAUAUUUUUUGGGAUGAUAUGAAUGCAGGUUGUGAAGACAACCUUGCUGGACUUCUUAAUGGCAUGGUGCUUAUUGUGCAGUUAUACUCCACAUUUUCAGAACUUUAUUUAUGCCGGUCAUCCACUUCAGUGCCAUGUCUAAUACAUCUUUGCUGUGACAGUAAAAAUCUCUGGUUCUUCAUGAGAAGCAAUAACUUGGGGGUAAAGAAAACAAGAAAAAUGAAAGCAGCUAAAAACUUCUUGAUUUUCAUUACUUGUGAUCUGAAACUUUUGAAAGAUGACAUCUCAUCAUUAAUUAAAUGCUAGUGAUGGUUGUUGUUUUAAAAUGUGACACUGGUAAUUAAAGCAGUUUCUUGGUACCUAAGGUCAAGAUCACUAUAACUGCGCAUGUACAUUGAUAUAUAUAUAUACACGUAUAUAUAUAUCCUUUUUCUGCAACAAGUCGACAAAGCCUCCCAAACCUCUAGCAUUUUUAACUGAAGACGCUCAACACUUUUACCUGAGGUCUGAAAACUUGAAGUUUUAACUGGGAUAUGACGAACCUCAACAAUUGUAACUGGAAUCUGAAGAAAACCCUGAUAAAAGUCUGAAAACUUGCAUCCUAUAGAUGGAAAAUGCUGGGAUGUAAAAUCUGAUUUGCAGGUUUUUUUCUGGGUACUAUUGGAGAAAAAUGGCAAGGUAGUACACGUAUUAUUUCCUUUCCGUUCCAUACCCAUGUGCAUACUCACAUAUGUAGGCAAAAGAUAUAAAUUGUACAAACUUGAAAAGUUUAUGCUGUUGCAUUCUCAUAUAUUUCAAUUAAUAUAUUACACAAAUUGCAGUAUAUAUAUAUGCACACACCCUCCUAACACUACUGAGAAAUGUACAUAAAAAAUUCUUAGCAAUUUUUACUCCAUUCUAAUAUUGCAAAAAUGCUGUGAAGCAAAAACUUUCAGUAGGGUUUUAGCUGUAGCCUCUGAAUAAACAUUUUACAUUGUGGCAUUUACAUCCUCUGUAAUGUGAUGUUUGGCUGUAAUGACUGGCAUUCAAGUUAACUUGUAUGCAGCACCUUUUGUUUUCAUGCUUUGUAAGUAAAUGGAUGCUUGUAAGUGUGCAAUGUGUACUUCAUUGAUCCAUAAGAAUAUUUUUCUCAAUGAAAGCAAAAAUAGAUAUGGAAGAUCUGAACUUUUUUCACAAUUAUUUAUAAUCUAAUGCUGCUGCAUUUAUCUCUCUGCCUCUGUGCCAUUGUUUCUGAGCAACAGGUGGACACACAUAUAUAUAUCCAAAGAUUAUUUUAUUGGCAAAGGCACAAUUUAUGCAAACAUUGUCCACCAAACGAAAAACAUUCCUGCUAUAGAUGUCUAUUUUUUUUUAUACAUUAUUAGAAUUUACAUGUCUAGAUAUGCACUGAUUUUGUUUUAUGUUAGUUCUUUGCUCAUCAACUGCUUUUGUCAAAAGCCAGAGGUCAGUAUAGGCUUCUCAUAUAUUUCUCCUUUUUGAAAAUAAUAAUGUCCUUAUAUCCCCGUAUAUUUCUUAGGUUAAAGAGUUGGAUCUGCUGGAACAGAAGCUACAAAUACGGACAGGGUUCCAUGUAUUAUAAACUUAAUGGGCAUUUUAAAGAUGGAACAGAUAUUUGAAUUCUUACAAAGCUUCAGCUGUAUUCUCAGUUAUGGUAAUGAAAAACAUUUAUAAUUAAAUAAAAAGCAAAAAAAUUGAUCCUAAAGAAGUUCUCUGCUUUGCAAAUAUGGGAAAGGUUAAUUUAGCUGUAACUUGAAUGGCACUUUUUUUUUUAAAAGGGGGUUAACUUGAGCUAUAUUGAUUUGUUAUGUCCAAUAUCCUUACACAUUAAAUGUAUAAAUUCUAAUUAUUUUAGUAUACAUUUUAACAUUUUAGUAUGCAACGAUUUGUAAUUUAAUGUUUUAUUGGUCUCAUUAUUAACAGGUUGUUUAGCAACUGCGA